GAGGAACUGUGUGUUAGCGGCGGCGGGUAGAACGAGAUGCUGCUGUUAAUGCUGGUGGCGGCGACUACCUUGCGGCUCUGCCCGCUGGCCAGAGCUCAGCCGCUGUGCCGUAUUCGUACGGUGAGGACAGGAAAGGUGUUUCACAUCAGAGAGCAAAUUCAAGGGGACCACCUGUAUUUUUCAUCGGGGACAACUCGCUUGAUGAAGCAUCCUUGCAAGAAAAACAUAGCCCUGUAUCUAGGAAGACAAGUUUUUCUCACGAAGAAUAGCUUUGAGAGUAGUCUCCUUCCAUUUUCCAUCCCUACGUCAAUGCAGGUUGGCAUACCAGAAGUAACAUCAGCACAUUUUGCUGGUUCAGUAUUGCUGUUAGUAGUGAAUCGAAAAGUCUAUGUUUAUGAUUAUGAAGCCAAUUCCUGGAAUGCAUCUACAGGUGUAGAACACCCUGUUUCACAUAUUUCUGGUGACAACUGUUGUUACAGUGGAAAUUCCUUUUGCAUGGAUAUCAGUAACUCCGUUUUUGCUUAUUUGCAUGGAGAUCAGAUAUCUCAGGCCAAUAUCUAUUUCUCAAAUACCCGGGGAUACAGAUUUCAGAAGUAUGCCCAGGAAAGACAGGCAGAACUAGUCGGGUCCUUGGGCGGGAUCUUCUACUUUUACUCCCUCUCACAGGUUGGGCUGCUUCUCAUUGACCAACGGAAGGCCAUGUUCGGCUACUCAGAUCACCCCCUGAACCGAAGUUUCGGGCUGCCCUUUGACUACAACGGGACCCUUGACGUCCUCAUUGCCCCGGGCCAGAAAGGCAUCCUGAUCUUCUGGUUUGAGAAGAGCCUGAUGGUUUCCCGAAACGCAGGUCAGCUGGUCAACCCUGUCCAAGUGCGAGAAGGACAACACAUCUUGUAUUCUUCCAUCUCUGAAGCCAACAUCACCAUCCACAGCGUCGCUGCCAAUGAAAAUGAACUGGCCGUUUUAACUCGGGAGAAUCAUUUAUACUAUGGUAGCCUGGGAAUCCUGUCAAGUUCUCUAAUCAAAUUUGCAGACCAAAACAUCUGGUCCGAAGAGGCGAUCCUGAUGUUCACUGACGUGGGGAUGCUUGAAAUACUGACCCCGCUUCCUGACUCAAUCUUUCCAGCUUUUGAUUUCCAGAAGUGCCCUGUGAACAUCCAGGCAAUUCUCAUGGAUCCCCAACUCCAAGUUGAUGUCUGCAAAGUGGAACUUCUGCAGGGAGAAUUUGAAAAUAAAAUGUAUACCAUUGAUAUGAACAGUGAGUUGGAGCUGACGGCCCUCAUGAUACCCCGGCCCAGCACAUCACCAGUCCCACUAGUGAUGGUGAGCAACCCCCAUUCCCUGGGGCUGCAGGCUGUCACCUACGAGGAUGGCUACACCUACGACGGGAACACCAAGCACAGACUGAACAUUUCACUGAGGCAGCAGCAGCACUGGGGCAGGGCUGACCCCAACUUCACCUCCAGCAUAAAGAGACCCACAAUAUCAACCAUCACUCUGGACAUAGCCAACAAAGAAAUUUCAUGCUUGGACCUUAAGCCACUGACAGCCCUCAUUUCAGUCGGUUGUGACCUGGAGAAGAAGAUCGUCAUUCAGAAUGAAAUCUCAGCCUGUUACAAUGGCGUCCUCGACCCCGUGGCCCUUCAGGACAACUACAGCUACGUCAUUGAGAGGGAAGCCUACGACCCCAACUUCCGGGGUCAGAAGGCCACGGAGGACCUGGAGGUGCCUUACCACUACGAGAAGCUGGGCUGCCCCAUCCUCGUCUACUACGACACCCCAUGGAAGCCGGUGGUGGAGCUGUGGAGGAAAGGAAAGUUCCAGGAGGUGGUCGAGGCCGAGUACGUCCUGCUGGAGGUGAACGGGCUGUUCACGUACACGUACUCCCUGACGGCCGACAUGGCCCUCUGCAGUUCCCAGCCGCAGAACUGGACCACCAUCGCCAAGACGGCCGGCGACAAAGGGCCCUUCGCCUGGGACCGAGAGAAUUAUGUGAGCUGCCACGACCCUAACAACAAUGCACCCUUGAGAUGGCCCGAAGUCCCGUAUCAGAUCUUGGGAGGCCCGACAGAGAACAAGGUCGUUUUCGACCAAAGAAACGGCAUCUACAUCUUCUUCAUUUCCAUCGUGGAUCCAUACUACAGUUACUGUCACCUGGAGACCACCUUCAGCGUCUACGUCUACGGGGCCUUCCCACAGCCCAUCUUCCCGCCUGAGAUCACCAUCGUCCUGCUCACGGGCGCCACCCUGCUGUCCGUAUGGCUGGCCUACAUGAUCCCCAAGCUGCUGUACACUGAGCAGGGCCUCAGGGUCAAGGGCUUCUGGGUCAGUCUGCGCAGGAGAUGCAGGAAGUCUUGUGCGUGUGUCUGGGCCAGGUGCUGAGCACGCCCGGGGGGUGGAGGUGGGGUGGCAGGGUGGCAGGGAGGGGGCAAAGUUGUCUUGAAAUAAAGCGUUCGGUAAAAUAGCCGGUGGCAGUGGGUAUCACUCAUGUUUUGUGGUUUUUCUACACCCACCUGCUUCCCUCAACAUUCUGGCACCAGAGUCCCUUUGAACUACGGCACCUACGUGGGUUGUUAACAGUGAGAAGGUGGGCAGCCCAAAUCCUAGCGAACAGGAGCUUUUGGUGAAACGAGCCCGCACAGGCAUGUGGUGGGAUCAUCAAUCGGCAAGCCCCAGAGAUGCAUCGGACACUUGACGUGUUCUGUUAGAGAAACACGAGACCCAAGGAAAAGGGUGGGGGCUGCAGAAGACGGGGACGGGGGGUGGGUCCACCUUUGCUGAUAAGCCCUGACAUAUACACAGACGAACACGUGUAGGUGUGUUUCGUGAUGUCCAUGAAUAAAAUAUGGAAGCAUAGCACAUAUUUUACACGUACCUGUGUUAUGCAUACAUAUGUAUACAGAUGAUGAUCACACAUGCAUGUGUAUACAUAUGUGCAGAGGUAUGUAUACAUACAUGUAUAUAACAUGUAGAUACAUAAGGCACACACGUGUGUAGAUAAUGUGCAUGUAUGUGCCUGUGUGUAUACAUGUACAUGCAUAUUGCCUAUGUGUGGAUAAUGUGUACACAUAUGCCCGUGUAUACCUGCAAUCUACAUACGUGUAUGCAUAUGUCUAUAAUACACGUUCAUGUACACGUGUGUAUGCAUGUGUGGGUGAUGUGUACAUGUCACAUAGGAGCACGUGUAUAAUGUGUACACAUACACGUGUGCUCAUGUAUAUAUUUAUGCAUAAGCUCAUUGCGCAUACAUACGUGUAGAUAACAUGCAUGCCCAUGCACAUGUGUACACACAUGUAUGCAUGUGUACAAAUAUGUACAUGCACAUGUGAAUACACAUAUAGGCGUGCAUACCAUGUACACAUACGUGUGUAUGUACGUUUGAUCAGUCUACCCAUCUGUUCAGAGCUUCCCUCUCCCACACUUCAUUCAAACCCCAGGUGGCACGGGACAGCUGUCUCAUUCUAGUGAAAACUUUCUCAAUAACUUUUCUGAUCACUUAGGUUAAAAGAACACAUCCCACGGUCAUUUAAACUGCCUAAUACAGGGAAUUCCCUGGCGGUCCCGUGGUAGGACUCUGUGCUUUCACUCCUGGGGCCUAGGUUCAAUCCCUGGUCGGGAACUACGAUCCCGCAAGUGGCUCGGCCAACAACAACAAAAAAAAUUUGCCCAGUACGGUCUCCACCCAGUCGUUAAAAACCUCCACUCCCACACCCACUGCAGUGGCCAGUCACCUCACCCCCACCUCCGGGGGCUGCCUGGCCCACCUUCCACGCCUCUCUGGAGGGGACGGGUUAGGCUGUCAGGUGACACUCGUUUCACGACCCUCGGCCUGCAUUUAUCUUAAAGAAAACCAAGCCCAUCCUAUCGCAUCUGCCUCGUUUGCCAGGGCCUUCCCUUCUUGGGGGCACUUCAUAUUUGUCUGGAAAAUACCCUUAGCACGGCUGCAGGCACAGCGGGCUCAGAAGGAAGCAAGGGAAGGGAGCUCCUGGUUCCUCCAGGCCUGCAUCCUGUUCACAACACAGACAGGCGACGAUCCCAGUACAGCCCAGACUGGCUGGUCACCUCUGUCUCCCUGAGCCCUGGAACCCAUAGGCUCAAGGCGUGGUGCCAGCAGCCAAGACCCACUGCCCACACCCAGCCACCUCCUGGAUCCUAGUCAAGCCCCCGGGGUUCCCCAGCAGAGACCAGCAGGAAAGGUCCCCGAGACCCAGCCCAGGGCCUGGGGCAGGAGAAUCCUUCCUCUGGCAGGGAAGCGGAGCUCCAUCUCUCCUUACCUCCUUACGUGUCACUGGGAAACCGACUCACCCCCUUCAGAGUCAU